AUGGAUUUUGCUUCGUUGGUGAAGAACAGCGACUGGCUUCAGAACCCCGAGUCUGCUGGUCGCCUUGCGGUCUCUGCUGCUAAGGUUGCAGCAGCAGCGGCGGCAGCAGCGGCGGGAUCCGUGAAGUCACAAGUGGUUAUGACCUUUGAGACGUCGCAAAAGGCUGCGGAAUCUAUGAAGGCACAAGUGGUUACGGGAGUCACGGCUACAGCCACAGCCGCUGUUGUUGCUGCCAACAGGAAUGUUGUCGCAGUAAACGCGGCAAGAAACGUAGCGGUGAAUGCAGCGAGAACGGUGGCAGGAACGGUGGCAGGAACGGUGGCAGACACUGUAGCAGAUACGUUAGCAGGAACUGUAGCUGGAACUGUUGCAGGAGAUGUAGCAGUGAAUGUAGCGCGAUCUGUGGCACGUACUUUCUCUCCCCAGUCCUCUCUCCUCAGCCAGCGCAACGGUCCUGCUGUGUUGACUCUCAAGCCAAAUCUUCCUCCUCUAUCCCCUCCUGUCACCAACCCAUCGCGACCUCCUCCCCUCAAUCCCUCGUCUCAAUCCCCUCGCCCCACUCCCUCGUCUCAAUCCCCUGGUCCCACUUCCUCAUCUCGACCCCCUCCUAUCACUACCGCGUCUCGAUCCCCGCCUCUCACUCCCUCGUCUAAAUCUCCCCGUCACACUUCUGCGUCUCGCACCCCUCCUCUUAGUCCCUCAUCUCGACCCCCUCCUCUCGCUCCCCCAUCUCAAUCCCCUCGUCUCGCCUCAUCUCGUCCCCCUCCUCUCAGUACCUCCUCUCGAUCCCCUCCUCUCACUCCCUCAUCUCGCACCCCUCCUCUCAGUCCCUCAUCUCGACCCCCACCUCUUGCUCCCUCGCCGCGAUCCCCUCGUCCCACUCCCCCAUCUCGAUCCCCUCCUCUCAAUCCCUCGUCCCAAUCCCCUCGUCUCGCCUCAUCUCGUCCCCCUCCUCUCACUACCUCGUCUCGCUCCCCUCCUCUCACACCCUCCUCUCGAUCCCCCCCUCUCACUCCCUCAUCCCUGUCCCCUCCUCUCACUCCCUCUCACUCCUCCACCACCUCCCUAUCCCCCUCUGCUCGCCCCUCCAUCCUGAAAGCACCUGCUACCUCCACGGCUUCUUCUCCCAGAUUUGGCAAGCGGGUUUCCUGGAACCUUCACCCAGAUAGCCCAUUCCCCCCUGCCAGUGCAACAUCUGGGGGGGCUAGAUCACCAAGGGGAGGGGGCCCUAAAUCAGCAGAAGAAGGGGGGUACCGGGCCAUUGCACGAAGGGCAUCGUGGCAUGGAGACACCUCUGAUGACAUGCUUGCUGAUAACAUCCUUGCAGCUGACAUCCGACCUGCUGCUGACAUCCGUCCUGCUGCUGACAUCCGACCUGCUGCUGACAUCCGUCCUGCUGCUGACAUCCGUCCUGCUGCUGACAUCCGUCCUGCUGCUGACAUCCGUCCUGCUGCUGACAUCCGUCCUGCUGCUGACAUCCGUUCUGCUGCUGACAUCCGUUCCGCUGCUGACAUCCGUUCUGCUGCUGACAUCCGUUCUGCUGCUGACAUCCGUUCUGCUGUUGACAUCCGUGCUGCUGCGCCUGCAGCUCGAACCACUGCAGUGAAGCCUCAAUCCUCCAGGCCUUCCGUGAAUCGUCCUUCUUCGAAGGUUCUUGUAAAGAGUGUGAGCUCUGACCAGAUCCGCAGCCGUUUUGCAGCAGCUGGAUAUGCGAGCGAGUCGGAAGUUUCCCGGCGUGGAGAAGCUUCGGCAAGAAGAGGAGAAAGAAAGGCACGUGCUGCAUUUGUGGUGGUGCCUAGGCGCAGCGUGCACACGCGGAACUUAAGCGACGACACAGGGUUUGGAUCCCCUAUUCUCUCUCCAAAAUAG